ACCGGCAACCAGAUUAUGGCGCCUGUAAACAUUACCCCAUGGAUUCGUGAUUACUCUGUUGGUUGGACCUGAAUGAAAAACAGCGAAUAAUUUUUGCUAAAAUGGCUGCAAACAUUAGGCAGAAUACAUUUGUAGUCUCAGACAUCCCACCGGCUCCUCUGAACUUGAACAGGAGACACGUAUCGAACAAAGAUCGCCAGAACCUCGUGCGGCUUAAAGUCAAUCGAAUAGCCCUAGUGCAACAGCUGCGUGUGGAGCACAUCAUUGAUCAUCUGAAAGUGGCCGGAGUGCUAACUGACAGCGACUUAUGUGCGAUUGACCGCGGCCGAACUGACCAGGACAGGGCUCGCAUGUUGUUAGAUAUUCUUCCCACCAAGACCAACAUUACGGACUGGUAUAAAAACUUUAGAGGCGCUCUGUUGAAUCCUCAAGGUGGGAAUGUUACGAAGCAACGGUACAGAUUUCUCGUAGAGUUCUUGGACAAUACUUUGAUCCACCGACCAAGUUCUCAGGGUGACAGGCUCUCCGAAGCACGGAAUCAUGAUCAGCAAACGAAAUAUCCCCGAUUUGACCCUCUGCCAAAUAUAUCAGAUAUACAGAAGCAUCCAGUUGAUGUAUUAAAUGUGGAAAAAGAGAAGGAUGAAUCCAUUUUCAUCAAACCGCCCAGCUCUGAAUCGGAAUUCACCAAAGAAGUGGAUACUAUAAACUCUUCAAUAAGCCUAAAGAAAGAUAGCCAUAGACCUAUGGUGCUAAUUAAGGGCCUCUUCCACCAGUGGAUUCCAGUUCCAAAUAACUUCAGAUCCCUUCUUGGUGACCUUCCCACUGAACCUGCACAGAAUAUUACAGAAGAAGCAAACCCACACGACGUCCAAGAACAGCUUCAACGAGAGAGACGCGCUGUCACCAUUCUCCGAAAAAUCGAAGUCACUCUGGCCUUGGCGCGUCGCCGCCAGCUGCCGCCAGGCUUUGAACUCUGCACGUGCGACGCCGUUCAGGAGAUGCUGAGCGACCGCGACGCCUUUCACCUGUACCUCAAACACGUGCGAACCCUGCAGGAGGCGGACAUAGAUGUCGCCAAAGAGAUCUGUGCCAGUUACCAGUCGGUACUGGGGGUGUUGGCGGCGGACCCAGCCUCUGAAAUAAAUCGGCAAACAGUGGCCACAGGGUUUCGUCUGGUUGACCUGCUGGCCGCUCUUGAGAUGCUUCCCCAGGCAAAGGAGAUGCUUGUUGCCAUCAUUAACUUCCUGAACGUUAACCCUGGAUUGGAGACUUGGAUGAGUGAAUACAAUGCUCAUGUUCGGAUGAUGGGUCUCCAUAAUGACAUGUGUGAACUAAAUGAGGCCCAGAGUUCAUAUUUCUCUGCGACACAGCUGACCUACCAGAUUCAGCUGGUUUCCUUUGGUCAGCGCUUAGUCUUUGAGGGUCGUCUGCAUAAAGAAAUUAGUGCAAUGCUCUUGGAGAAUGGUUCAAUCAACUCUUCACUGGGAUGGGCAAGACAAGCUUUACAGGAGGUGGAUCCUAAUGACCAUGAGUCAGUGAUUGAAGUUGUCAGUCAUGCUGUCUUGGCUCACUGUGCUUCCUGGCAGGUGAAAAAGGCUGAGGAAUUGGCAGUGUUUGCUGUUCAGUUGGCCAGAGAAAAGUAUGGGAAGCUGCAUCCUCUGUACUUAAAGGCUCUGCACAGUUUGUGUCAUUUCUGUAAUGAGUUCAAGCAGGAUUCCACAGGAGUUGAACUAGCUAAGGAACUGGUAGAGCUGACAAGAAAGACAUACAAAUGUGAGACACUACACCUUGCACAAGCUCAUCGAGUCCUCAGCAAAGCCAUAAUGGCUCAGCAGGAUUUCUACAACAGCAACAGCUUCUACCAUCAUGCCAUGGAGGCAAUCCGUAUUGCCCGGAGUCUGCUGUCACCGGGGCACCCCAUGCUGCAUCCUUUCCUCUCUAAUUUUGCAAUGGCUUUACAGUGGAAGUCACUAAGCUGUCCUGAAGAAGUCAGAGAGUCCACACUUAGCUGGGCAGAAACUGAGGCCAAACAAGCUCUCAUGAUAGUUUCAAUGCAUCAUGGGGAGAUAAGUCUUCGAGCUGCUCAAAUUUACAUCCUGCUGGGGCAGAUCCUGUCUAAGAUGAACAAAUUAGAGGAGGCAGAGAAAUAUCUUAUUCAGAGUGUUGACUAUCUCACGCUUUGUCAGCCACCAACCAGCAACUAUUUGCUACUGGCUCAUGCCACGCUAGGGACCUUCUUUAAAGUGACGGGAAAAUUUGACAAGGCUGUGUUUCACCUGAAACAAGUUGUCAUGCUAAUAGAGCCAUGUGGUAUCUGAAGUGGGUGCACAUUUGCUUCGAGACACUGAUCGAGUUGCUACAGUCAGAGGACAAGACUGCAGAAGCUUCCUCCAACAUAAACAGACUUCAGGAACAGCUGUCCCUGUGGCUUGCAGACAACCCCAAGGAUGAUGACAGACCUGUCAACACAACUUUGCUGACCAGUAGUCCACCCUCUUUUCAAGAUUUCCGAGAAAAGUUCGACUCCUGGGUGACAGCAUUUCACAAAGUGCACAGACUUAAAGAUACCAACUCCACUUUGAUUCCUCAGCCUCCUUCACAAACAGAUUGAUUGUAUAUGUGGACAACUGCUGGCAAUUUAAUAAAACCAUAACAUACAUCAACUGGCACAUCUUCACCGUAGAAUUUUCUACUCUAUUUUCAAUUGCUAAAAAGAGGGUAGAAAUCUUCAGUAUUUCUUUCCAGAACCAAGUCAAGUUGAUGGUAAAAUGAUACUGAUGACAGCACACAUAACAUCUGUAAUACAUGUACAUAGUGAUAAUAUAGAGCUACAAUACAAAAGUUCCCUCAAACUAUGAAUAACGAUAAAACUUUUUAACAGUUAGAUUUUCUCUGCUCAUUGACAAGCACAACAUAAUUGUUCUGAAAUGUCGGGAUAUCCCAGAUUUCCAAUAUUUCACUCUGCACUUGAAGCUAGUUUACAAUCCGACUUCGGAGAUACUCUAAAAGUGCUUGUGUUCCCUUAGCAAGGAUGGCUGGUCGUGGAUUGCGGAAGGGGUUUCCACUUAUUUGCAAACUCCUGAAAGAGAAGGAAUGAAAGGUCUCAGCCUGGACAAUUCAAUCUAACAAAGCAAAAGACCAUGCAACAAUGUGGCUUUGCUAAGUACAGCCGUUCACCAAAAUCACAUGCACAAAAAUCAGCCCCAUUCCUUGACAUUGCAAAACUGUGCAAAAGAUCACAUUUACCCACAAGAUAUACUGUUUUUAUCAGAACUAAGUCCUUGAUAGUUUAAUAUUUUAAACGUUACAACUGGGUAGACAUAAAAACUUUUGGGCUGUUUUGUCCUUACCUAACCUACUGAAGGAUAACUGCAUUCCUAGCAGUUACGAAUUAUACACAAGUUGGUGG